GCGCAUCUUAAUGGUUGUGUCUCAAAUGAAUUGGACAAUUUAUUCUUCUCAAAAAGACAAUUAAUUGCAACUUCAUUGUGACCACUCCUUCUACUAACCCUUGUAAAAUGCAGGUGACCAUUCAAAAUCAAGACAGUACACACACACAUGACACAUCUACUGAUAUAUAAACAAGUUCACUCUUUUGGCAAAUCCCAUUUGAGCAAAAACAUAACAUAUCAUGGCGAAAGAUCAUCUCCAGGUUGUGAUGCUUCCAUGGUCUGCCUUUGGCCAUAUGAUGCCUUAUUUCCAGCUCUCCAUAGCCUUGGCCAAAGCCAAAGUUCAUGUCUUUUUCAUAUCCACACCAAGAAACAUCCAAAGGCUCCCCAAAAUCUCAUCUGAUUUAGAGCCUUUUGUGCAUUUAGUCCCUAUCUCAUUUCCUCCCUUGGACCCUGGCUUCUUGCCAGAAGGUGCUGAGGCAUCUGUGGAUGUACCCUUUGAAAAAAUUGACAACUUGAAGGCUGCAUAUGAUCUGCUGCAGCAACCCAUCAAGCACUUCAUUGGGGAGCAUUUGCCUGAUUGGAUUAUAACUGAUUCUUUUGCUCAUUGGGUGGUUGAUAUUGGUAACGAGUUUGGUGUUCCAGUUGGGUAUUUCUCUCCUUUCUCUGCUGCUACCAGUGUCUUCUUUGGCUCACCAGAAAAUCUCUUGGGUACAAAGAGAAAUCAUGCUCUGCCAACACCAGAAAGCCUAACAGCACCCCCAGAUUGGGUUCCUUUUCCUUCAAAGGUGGCAUACAGAGACUAUGAGGCUGUUUAUGUGCCAAGGGGAUUUUUUGGAUCACAUAAUGGAGAAAUAAGUGGUGCUGGGAGGCUUGCCAAAGUUGUUUCAGGAAGUCAAGUUUUAGCAAUUAGAACUUGCAAUGAGGUUGAAGGAGACUACUUAGAAGUGUACAAGAAAAUCACUGGCAAGCCUGUUUUCUCCACAGGUUUGCUUCCUCCAGAGCAACCUCCAAAGAGGGCAAAAGGAGAAAUUACCACUGAUGAUGGGAUCUUUGACUGGCUUGACAAGCAAAAACCCAAGUCAGUUGUGUUUGUAGGGUUUGGGAGUGAGUGUAAGCUGAGCAAAGAGCAAGCCUUUGAGAUUGCUCAUGGGCUGGAGCUAUCAAAACUUCCAUUUCUCUGGGCACUAUCCAACUGGGCAAAUAGUGAUGCAGAUGCUUUGCCUGAGGGUUUUGCUGACAGGACAUCGGAGAAAGGGCUUGUUUGCUUUGGAUGGGUGCCCCAGUUUGAAAUUUUGGGGCACCCAUCAAUUGGGGGGUCUCUGUUUCACUCUGGAUGGGGCUCUGUAAUUGAAACUCUGCAAUUUGGGCAUGUUCUUGUUGUGCUGCCACUCAUUAUUGAUCAGCCUUUGAAUGCAAGGCUUCUGGAGGAGAAGGGUCUGGCUGUUGAAGUGAAACGCAAGGAAGAUGGGUCGUUUAGCAGAGAUGAGAUAGCCAAAACACUCAGGCAUGCAAUGGUGGAAGAGGAAGGAGAGCAGCUCAGAAGCAAUGCAAGAAAAGCUGCAGCUGUUUUUGGAGAUCACAAGCUGCACCAGGACCAUUACAUUGGCCAGUUUGUCCAGUUUCUGAAAAAUAAUGUUGCAAAAAGAUCAUCCUAGAUCUUCCCUGUUAGAUUGGCAAAAUAACCCAAGAAUGGAAACCGAACUUUCAGGGCAUUUCAGAGAAUUUGUUCAUGAAUUUCUGUUCUUGAUCUUCGUUAUUGUUAUUAUUGCAUGUCAUGCGUUUGAAUAAAAUUUAUCACGAGAGUGAUGUUUCUGGUUGGUAUUA